AUGUUGCUCACAAGGACUCGAAUCAAGUGGUGGCGGCUGCAGAUCUUAUGGAUGGACUUUACUGGCUUUUACGUCGACGUGCUUCAUAAGAUGGUCUCCAACAACAUGAUCAAAGAUGUGGAAGUGCCUCUCAAGUCAAGUGGAUCAGUCGGAAAGCGGAGACUGCAUUCAGAAGUAUAUCACGAUGGUGCAGACGCAGUUCGUCAAGAAGGUCAAGUUUGUGCGCCACGACGAGCUCGAGAGCUUGCGACGAGCUCGCUUCAAGAUUUCUACGAGGAUGAAGGCAUUGAACAGCAGACGACGGUGCCGUAUGCACACCAGAACAACGGAACAGCAAUCGCGCCAUCGGGACUAUCGUCACGAUCGGCCGCAGCAUGCUUCACCAUGCCAAGUUGGACAAGUGCUUCUGGGCUGAAUUAG